CCCACACCAACAAAACGGCACCUGCCCUCUACCAACAACAUUCGGAUGCAUAAUAAUGAAAUAAUCGAUAAAAAUGGAUUGGAAAGAUCUUGAUUUUAAUUUGGCGACGUUAAGAGUUAUCGAUCUAAAACGAAUUCUUUCAUCUUAUGGAAUUUCUCUGCCACACAAUGCCAAGAAGGUCGACUUUGUUAAUUUGGUGCAGCAAUUGCGCUCACAAUUGUACAAUCAAGACAGUGAUGAGGGUAGUGAAAGCUUGGAUGGUAAGGAAUCAAAUUCAGAUACUGAUUUACGUUACUAUUCGAGUUCACCGAGCAACUCUACCAGCAGUCCUUUGACAAACUCAAUGAACAAGGAAGAUUUGUCGGAUAAUGCAUCAUCUCCUGUCGCUAACGUAAGGAAAAACUACGACAGAGACUCGAAUAUAUUUCAAAAGCAACGGUCUUCUUCCCCGCCAGAUCAUCAAUUCACAUAUUCACGUAGAAGAACUAUCGCAAAUGACACUGAACCAGUAUCGAUUAAGAAACCGGUACACAGAAUGUCCAUGGGCCCAAUAGAGCACGAGACACCAAGGAGAUCAGUAACGCGUAACCGGAAGUCGUUUCCAUUUGGUGGUCGUUACAUGGAUACUUCCAUGAUUCGCACGUCUCCUGCCUUUCAAGGUAAAGUGCAAUCUCCGACUUCUUCCCCUUUGCUUUCCGGUUCCACGAAUGUCAAGAGAAACGCCUCGGAAGCAUCCUAUCCUGUUCAAUUUAGACGUGAGGACGGAGAGGAAAAGGAAGCUAUCACCGAAGAAGAAUCCGGCGAUGAUGAUGACGAUGAGCUAUUCAAAACGUUUAUCAGAGAAUCAGCUACUCGUGAUAAUACUCAAAAGGAAAAAAACGUUCGUAAGUCAGACUCGCCCAAAGGGUUUUUGAAAAGAGCGGAACUGUCUUUAAGAACCAGAUCUGUAACAAUAUACCAUUUUGCGGUGGCAGGUUUAAAAGGUAUAGUUUACUUGUUUCGGAAAUUUUGGCGCAUCACUGCCUAUAAUACUGUGACACUUUCCUUACUGCUCGUUCUUGUUUUUGUUCUUGGUCUCUGGCAUGAAGAGGUAUACCGAACUGGCUUCUGUAACGUUCCUUCAGAGGCUCCAACCAUUCUUCGAUCUCUUGGUAUUGGGCCUAUGUGCAUUCCUUGUCCGCCGAAUGCCUUAUGCUUUUCUCGACUUGAAGUUGAGUGUAAACCAGGAUACAUUCUUUCCGAACCUUGGUAUUCUCGGCUGCAUAUUUGGCCCUCAAAACAAUGUUUGAAUGAUUCUGUGCGCGAACAGAAUAUAAAAGUAUUCUACGAAGAGUGUCUUAACACAUUACGCAAACUUAACGCUCGUUUACUUACCAAAAAAAUAUCCGCGGAAACAAUUGCGAAGAACAAAACAGCCGUUCUUCCUGCUGACAUCGUUGUCCCUUCCGUUGUUACUGCGAAACCUCCUUCUUGUAAAACAGCCUUUUCCGUUGCCUUCCUUUAUGACUUACUGCUUUCACGUAAAGUUCCUAGCUUACCCGUUUCCGAGUUCAAUGACCUUUUUGCUGCUUCGCUACCUUUAUUACUUCAGACAGAUGAGAUAUCAAUGAACGGAAAACUUAUUGAAAGCAGCAGUUGGGUCGCCAUACCUUGGUUUACUAGAGUGCGUCGGCAACUAUUCUUGUCUGCGUUGACGUAUAAGACAUAUAUUUUGGCAGCUUUGACUAUUGCAAGUCUUGCGUUACUUAUUGUGCAUAAAGUGCAGCAAACUCUUUUCUUGCGUCGAGAAUCGGAAAGAAUUGCAACAUUCUGUUUGCAAGCGUUGAAGCAACAUAAGGCGCGCUAUCAAGCUUCAAAAGUUCAACAGUCUGCCAUUCCGUUAAUGGAACUGCGUGACAUCGUGUUUCAUGCUGGAGGCCCUAUGUCAAAAAAGCGUGUGUCUAAACACUUAGAAAAUCGUUUAUGGUCUUUAGUAGUCAACAAGCUAGGUUCUAUGGCUACAAUAAGAACACGAGAAGCCGAGGUUGAAGGCGAAUGGACUCGGGUAUGGGAAUGGGUCGGCGUUAACACACUUAAUGAAACACAGGUGAAUUAGUUUUUUCCUUCUCCUGAUGACUUUUACUACAUGUAGUUAUUAAUAAUGAAUGAGUUAACGUUUUGCUUGGUAGUUUAAUACGGGCAUUACACGUUGCAUCCCUCGCCCUAAAUUAUUAGCAAGUAUUCCUCGUUCCGAC